AUGGCAUUCCUUUUUUUUGAAUGUCUUAUCUCUGGCUUGCAGCCUGAUACUCCCAUUAUUCUCUGUGGUGACUUUAAUACUGUCUUGGACCCCCGUGUCGAUCGGCUUGGUUGCAAUCCCGCUUGUUAUUGGGCGUAUAGUUCCUCUGUGUCUGUUGUUAAUCUGAUGACUACUUUUGAGUUAACAGAUAUCUGGAGGAAACAACAUCCCCACUACAUUGGAGUAUACAUGGUGUCGUCCGAAUGGUACUCAAGCAUCCCGUUUGGAUAUGUUUCUCGUAUCUCAAUCAUCCCUUCUUUCCAUUCUGAUAAUCAUUAUGUCUAUAUGGAGUUUUCCCUGUCUUCCACUGUUGACCUCGGGCCACGCUAUUGGAAGUUUAAUACAUCACAUCUCGCUGAUCCAUCCUUUUGCGAACAAAUAAACUCCUUUUGGUUACAUUGGCGUUCGCAGAAGCAUUGUUAUUCGUCUAUUGGGGCAUGGUGGGAUGCGGGUAAAAUCGAACUCAAAAAACGGAUUCGUAAGUUCUCCAAAGAUCAGGCACACCAUAUGAAGACACGUAUCAAAUCCUUACAGGCAUCGGUCUUUCAUUUAAACCGGCGCCUGGCAAAUGGCGAAGAUGUCGAAGCCUUUUUAUGGGAAGCAAAAUUCGAACUGGAAGUCUAUUUAUUGAAGCAGGCAAAGGGUGCCGAAGUUCGUUCACGUAUCCAUUGGGCUGAAGACGGCGAACGCUCUACGUCCUUUUUCUGUCGUCAAGAGAAAACUCGUAGUAGCCGCAGUAUCGUCAAAAGUAUUUCUCGUCCAAAUGGUUCCUUCGCUACCACGUCACAAGGUAUCCUCCAAGUUUUUCGCUCUUAUUAUCAAGAUCUUUUUACCUCCGAAUCAUUUGAUCAGCACGAAUAA